CGAAAUAGUCGCGGAGAAAAUCAAACAAGGAGCGAACAGUUGAGAAAGAUGGGAAGGAAGAAAAUCGAAAGAAAAUAAGGAACAGGCUUCUUCUCCUGAUUUUCAUGCCGAAUUUCUAAUCACCGAGCUCUCCACCAAGCUUUUAGUUUUUACUCAUGGCGGAACCAUGCCGACAAAGCUUCUGCGCGCCGUUCUCGGGUUCCAUGGCUAUAUCGUUUUCGUUUUUCACUCGCAUAAGGAUCUGAUAGAAUCAAGUUCCACUCGAUUUCAUUUCUCUCUUCCGUUUAAUCCCAACUGAAAUGUGGUACUUACCCUGAAGAUUUUGGAUCUUUUGAAGUUAUAGGCGUUCGAAUUUCGAUAGGGUUCGGGAUUUCGUGGUAGAUUAAGGAGUUUUAUUGCGUAUUUGGGUCUUUUGUGAAUUAGACCAUCGUCAUGGAUGGGCUUGGGGAAUCUUCUCAAUCUGGGUCUGGAGUAGUUAAUCCUCAAUCUUUGGAGAGUGGAGUUCCCCGUGAAGAUGGUAGAGUUGCUGAGCAAGUGUCGCCUUUAAGAGGCGGUGGGAGGAAUACGAGUCCGUUGGGUAGGGCAGGAUCGAGGAACACUAGCCCUUCAAGGCAGAAGGUUAUAAAGACCAAACCACGUGGUUUAGAUGAGGAAACAGUUACGACAUUUGGUAAAGCAGCUCAUCCAGAUGUUCAAAUGGAGGAUAGUAUAUGGGCGAUGCUGCCUGAAGAUUUGUUGAAUGAGAUCUUAGCUAGGGUUCCUCCAUUUUUAAUCUUCAGGCUGCGUUCUGUUUGUAAAAGGUGGAAUUCGAUUCUUCAAGAUUCUAGUUUUCUUAAAUUUCACGGGCAAGUGCCCUCACAUGGGCCUUGUCUUCUCACAUUUUGGAAGAAUUCUCAAACCCCCCAAUGCUCAGUCUUCAGCCUGCCGUUAAAAACAUGGUAUAGGAUUCCGUUCACAUUUUUGCCUCCCUGGGCGUUCUGGUUGGUCGGUUCAUCUGGUGGUCUUGUUUGCUUUUCUGGGCUGGACGGGCUAACUUUCAAAACCUUGGUAUGCAAUCCCCUCACACAAAAAUGGAGGGCAUUGCCAAGUAUGCAUCAUAAUCAGCAGAGGCAGCUGAUUUUGGUUGUUGAUCAGAAAGAUCGGUCAUUUAAAGUCGUUGCAACUAGUGAUAUUUAUGGUGACAAGUCUUUACCUACUGAAGUUUAUGACUCAAAGCUGAACCGGUGGUCACUUCACCAGACAAUGCCUGCAGUAAAUCUUUGCUCCUCGAAGAUGGCGUAUUGUGAUUCCAAGUUAUAUUUGGAAGCCCUUUCACCACUUGGUUUGAUGAUGUAUCGGCUGGACACAGGCUAUUGGGAACACAUUCCUGCUAGGUUCCCUCGUUCAUUGUUGGACGGGUAUUUGGUUUCUGGUACACAGAAGCGUCUAUUUCUAGUUGGAAGGAUUGGCCUUUAUAGCACUCUUCAAAGCAUGAGAAUUUGGGAACUGGAUCAUGCAAAGAUUAUGUGGGUGGAGAUUAGUAGAAUGCCACCAAGGUAUUUUCGAGUUUUGUUGAGGUUAUCAGCUGAGAGAUUUGAGUGCUUUGGACAGGAUAAUCUGAUCUGCUUUACAUCUUGGAACCAAGGGAAAAGUCUUCUUUAUGACGUGGAUAAAAAAAUCUGGUCCUGGAUUGCUGGCUGUGCUCUGCAGUCAUGUAACAGCCAGGUCUGCUUUUAUGAACCAAGAUUUGAUGCUUCUGUAUUCUGAGCUUACAUUUUUGUUUCCAGUGAAGAUUCUUUAUUACAUCUUUUCUUAUUUGAGGCUCAAUUUUUCAUAUAACUUCUUCGUGUCCAUAUCCAUGUAUAUUGUUUCCUCACUAGGUGAUUACUGGGCGAUCAUCCAAGUUUAUUCUACUGUUUUGGUGGAUUAACUGCGUGGUCAUAAGCCUAGGAGACCAAUUUUGUUUGCAAGAUUAGCAGUAGUAAUAAAAUAAUAGUUUCAACCAAGACUUUCUGUUCACGGAUUUAACUUCAUAGCUUGAGCAUGGGAUAAACUGCAUUCAAGGAAAUUAUCUGGGUGAUAUGGUGACAUUUGGGAAGAAUGGAAGCCAAGUUUGUAUUUUCUGAUGUGUUGGUUCAGGUUCACUCCAAGUUAUCUCUAUGGAAAUAAGCUCCCUUGCUCUUGCAGUUCGAUCCGAGACAUUUUUGUGGGCUGCUGACUUAAAAGUUCAAUUAUGACGAUCAAGAAUGUUAGUGCCAUUUGCAGGAACUUGCAGUGUUGGGUUUGGUUCUGGGCUACUAGCUGCUUCAGUUAACGUAGUACUUCAAGAUGUUCUGAACAUCAUUUGAAUCUGAGCUUUCAGGCUAACUUCUAUGGUUGGAAAAUUGUUGUUUUGACAAUUGCAUAUAUAAAGUUUGCAGAACUUUUCGCUUAUGUAAAAAGAAUGAUUUAUAUUAUCUGUUCAGGACAUGAUAAAGGAAAAUUUCUUCAAGUAGUUUUUAGUUUAACUGGAAUUGUUAUACCACACCAGAUAUUUGCCCCUUGCUAUGUUCUUAAAUCUAAUGUAAAUUGGCUUCAGAAUUCUAAAAUCUUGAGCUUUUUCCUUUUUCUUUCAAAGUAAUUUCUGUUAGGACCAGAUUGGAGCUAUUGUGAGAUGGAGGGAAUUCAGCAUUUCACCAACAUGAACCAUCCCACUUUGGUUUUUCAAAUGUUGAAUCAUUUCAGAUUUCACAUCAUCAGACCUUAAUAUCUCACCCCGUAGCCACAGGUUCCGGUGGGGUUAUGUAAGAAGUUGAGCUAUAAGAAUAGGGUGUAAUUCACAUAAUAAUGUGGUUUGACUUCCAUGUCUAUGACUUCCUAGCUAAUACCGUUAGACUCAGCACAUAGUCUGGUUGAGCGCCGUUUCAGCCUGCAAGCUUGUGUCGAAUGACUUGCAAGAUCAAGCUUAUUUUGCUGUCAAGGAUACUGUUUAGCCACUUUUCUUUCAUUCUUUCUCCUGUAUGUUAACAUGAUGUUCAAAGCAUGGGCAUACAAGGAUAAAUGUUAUGGAACCCGCCAACCUCUUUGGAAUUCCUCAAACCAUCUUGGGCGAAAAACUCUCAAGUUUGUGGAGAAGUUGGGAUUGUUCAGCUUAUUUUUUGCAUCAAGUCCACAGUAUAAUCAGAUGGAGGAAGACUUUGAAGUGGACUAUUUAAGCUCAUACAGGAGAAUGAAGUAACCCGGCCGGUAUGGUGCAAAAAAGCUCAAUCAGCUUAACAGUUCUAUGGCUUUUCUGUAUCAUCUCCGUGGUUGGGAAGUCUCUUGCACACGCUGUUCGAGGUAAAACUGGCUUGCAGGAACUGAAGACAAUGCUUCAUUUUUACUAAGGCGACAGGAUCAAAAAUUCAGCAGGAUAUCUCCUAUGACAUCGAUGAUACCACGAGAAUCGGCAGAAAGGGGCUUGGAAGAAUGGAGUCAUUUGAACCUUUAGUGAUGAAAAACGAUAGAGAAGAGGGACUGAACUUAAAGGCUUCAAAUAACUUAGUUGGAGGGAGAGAACUUAGAUUGUACUGCAGAUUUAGAGGUAAAUGUAAUAUAGCUGAAAAAUAUGAAGUUUCUGGUUUUGCUUUCGCUGCUGAUUAUAGAGACCCUCAGCGCCACCCUCCUAGACAUAACUCCAUGAAAAGAAAGCAUUGAGUUCAUACCAUUUUGGAUAACUCCCGUGGUUUGUUUGGUUGAUUCACUUUCUGUAUUUUAAAGAUUCAUAUCAAUUAUUAAGCAUAUGCUUUCCCGUUA